GGUCCACCUUAAGCGCACACGCAAACGCAGGAGGCAUACAGCGAGGUUUCCGCUUCUCAGUUGGGCUCGGACCGCGGCUCACGAAAAAAAAAAAAAAAACACCGUGUGUAACGUACAAGGUUGACGCACUAAGGUAAGAAAAAAAAGCUAAGAGAAAGCGAACCAACCGAGCAAAAAAAUAAAGGGAUGUCUGAAUCCAAGUACCGAGAAUGGAUCCUGGACACUAUCGACUCGCUGCGGUCGCGAAAAGCCCGGCCGGACUUGGAGAGGAUUUGCCGAAUGGUCCGGAGACGACACGGGUCCGAGCCAGACCGAACCUGCGCAGAACUGGAGAAACUGAUUCAGGAACAAACCGUGCUGAAAGUUAACUACAAGGGCUCUAUUUCGUACCGGAACGCCGCCAAGGUUCAGCGGAGAAGCAGAAAAAAAGACGAUGUAACGUUAACGACGGCUGCGAGAAGGAGCGCGGUGGAAGAAGCCAGUCAUUCUGACUUGAGCAACGGGGACAGUGCCUUCGGUCCGGUAGACCAGGACGAGGAGGAUUUGGAGGCGGACACCUCGAUGGCAAUGGACACGGACAGUAAUGCGGAUGAGGAGGGGGCUGAUGAAAGCCGAGAUGGGCAGGAUGGACCCUCUCCUGGCCGCACGUGUGAAGAUACAGCCGUGCACUGUGCCCCCGUGAGAGCCAUCUCUGCCCCCUGCUCUCCCUCUGGCACUCGGCCUGGCCCCGGCUGCGGCCCUGGCUCGGGUCUGGACUGUGUCUCUUUCCAGAAGGCUGGUGAGAGGCCCAGCUCCUUGCCCCCUUCCAGCCCCAGGGCCCUUGCACACAAUGACUGGGCCUAUCAUUCUGCUGUCUGCCCGGUGGAGCGCCAGCACCCAGGAAUGCAGAGAGACAAAGCAGCAGCAGAAGCCACAAAGCCAGCAAUCAACUCUGUAACUACGAGCCCCCUUACUUUAAAGAACAACGUGAAGAAAGAAGAUGGAGGCAAGGCAGAGGAUAGUGGCCUUUCAUCUGACCAGCUGGUACCAGACUAUGCAGCAGGGCUGGAUGAGACCAAGAAUGUAUCUGAUGGAAGACCACAGACACUGUCUUUGCCAUCUGACAACUGUACAUUUAAGAAUAAGAUAGAUAUAUCCUCCUUCACAGCAGCUGAAGACAGUCUUCUGAAUGGUGGUAAAGGUGAUGAAGUUGCUGUGAAGAAGGAGAAGAUGAGCCAGAACUUGUUGCAGUGGACUGUGGCAGAUGUGGCCAGUUAUUUCUCAGCUGCAGGCUUUCCAGAGCAGGCUGUGGCUUUUCGAACACAGGAAAUUGAUGGGAAGUCCCUUCUCCUAAUGCAGCGCAGUGACGUGUUGACUGGUUUGUCUAUCCGACUCGGCCCUGCCCUCAAAAUCUAUGAGCGGCAUGUAAAGGUGCUGCAGAGAACCCACUUCCUGGAAUACGAAGACCUGUGAAGUGGGGAAUUACCUGACAGACAGACGAUGCUGCAUUGACCCAAACGUGCAUGCAGUGCCCUCUCCCAUCUGGACCCUGCCUCCCACCUUCAUAUACAGAAUAUAUAGAGGGUGAGUCUAUGGGGAGGCUGCGGUGGAAUAAACUUUCACUGUGAGAAUGACCAGAAACUGAAAGACAGUCAUCCUACCUCUCAUUAUGGUCUUUGGUUUAAAAUGGUUUUCAUUUCACCCAUGUGGCUGUUCGAUUGCAUUAUCAAGGGAAUACUACAUUCGACUGCUACGUUCAGAGUAUGUUUUCAAAUGGAGCAGCAAUGAACUUUCUGCAGGAGUAAAAGAUGGACAAUGCAGCCAUUGAAGGGGACUGAGCCUUGCAAGUGGACCACCUAUGGGCUAAUGUACUACAGAGACAUCACUGUGCUGUGAGCAAAGUUUUGUCACAGUUUUGGAUGCACAAGAAAAAUGUUUUGGUUCGCUGUGGCUCCAAAAUGUAACCCUGCAUUCUCCCUGUUGUGUCUAUUACGGUACCUUCUGUUUGUCCAGAAAGUGUUUGUACGUCAACACAGAUAAACGUGAAGCACAUCUGUUGUGCUUUUUCCUUUUCUUGUAUGAUGAGUUGAAUUAAAUGUCAUCAAAGUGCUGGGGAAGUCAGACUAUCUACAUAUCUGCAUCAAAAGUUACCAGAGUCUGAUUCCUGACUUAUCAUGCCAACAAUAGCUGCUGAUGUUGGAUUAUGUCUUCAGCGUGUCUGCAACACUGAGAUACAACCAAUAAGAUAUACUACUACCUGCUGGCAAGGCAAUAUGUUCUGUGUGUGUGUUUUAUUUUUUUCUUUUUAUAUCUUAUUUAGGUCUGACUGUGGUCCAACUUAAUACAACUGGAUUUUGGGCAACAGUUUCAGAUAUAUGUGACCAGGAAAUAUGCAGCCUAAAGGAAUUUGCUUUCAUACAUAAGCAAAAUAAAGUAAUAAACUUGGGAAAAUGAUAUUGUAAUACUGAAUAUAUUGUUUUAAAUUUAAUACAGCUGCUCAGUGUCUGUUUACGGAGCAGAUAUGUUGAUCAAAUGCAAUAUUUUGUUAUCAUCCAUUUAUAAUUUGUCCAGUGUGAUCCAAGUCAGCCUCUUUGUGACAUUCCAUAAUGUAGUCUUCAUCUCCAGUGUAUCUCCUCCCCUUUUUAUCUGUAACAUUGACAUUUCUUCCAGAGUCACAAAUAAAGCUCGUGUCUCUCUGUUCA